AGCGGCUCUGAGUGGGCUGCCCGCCGUGGGUCGGUGGCAGCGGCCGAGCGAUGCCUCCUCUGCUGGUGCUGCCCUUCCUCCUCCUCUUCCUGCUCCCGGCUUCGAAGCUUUUGUUUUUCCCGGCCACCGCGAUGGCAGGAAACUUACCAGAGGGACGGGCUCAGGCCGGGCUCGUUCUGCGCCGAGCUCCGCGGGGCACCGGCCACGCCGUGAGGCUACUUGGGAAGGGAAUGCUUUGUUGAACACAACAGCACAAGAUAACUUCCGAUUCCUGCUCUUUGUGGGAGCCUGUCUGCACUGUCCCUGCAGAACACUACACCUUCCUUCCCUCUUCAGCGUUCCAGCCUUGUGGAGUCAUAAACCUCAGUGGAACUUUGGAUGGAAACGCUGACGUGAAUUUAAGAACUUUGAUGCUGUCAGAGGUUGAAUUUUGAUUUGUUAAAUAACCAGGAAUAGCAUACUGCCUGAACAAGAUGAAAUGCCUUGAAGACCUUUGGUUCUGCUUUCCUUUCUCCUGAAGCAAUGGUUUUCUCCCCGGUGUUGACGCUGGCCCACUCUGGGACCUCCAAUGUUACUUUUAUUGUUUAUGAAAAUGCCUAUACGAAUUUUACCACUCCCCAGUCCCUGCUUCGUAGUGGCACAACACCGCCACUGAGAUACGUGCUCACCACUGAGGGAGGUGCUUUGCUGGUGAACACCACAGCUGUCCUGCCAUCGCAAGAGGUUUUCAGGAGCUUGAGUUUGCCCCUCCAGAUCAUUCUUUCUGCUGCUAUGAUAUUUAUCCUGUUGGUUUCCUUCCUCGGUAACUUUGUUGUCUGCCUCAUGGUCUACCAGAAGGCAGCGAUGCGAUCUGCAAUUAACAUCCUCUUGGCAAGCCUGGCUUUUGCAGACAUGCUGCUGGCAGUGCUGAACAUGCCUUUUGCUCUGGUAACAAUCAUUACCACUCGGUGGAUUUUUGGGGAUAUAUUCUGCAGAGUCUCUGCCAUGUUCUUCUGGCUUUUUGUCAUAGAGGGGGUAGCCAUUCUGCUUAUUAUUAGUAUCGACCGAUUCCUUAUCAUAGUUCAGAGGCAAGAUAAGCUGAACCCUUGCCGUGCAAAGGUCCUCAUCGUGAUUUCCUGGGCGGCGUCUUUCGUCGUUGCUUUUCCUUUGUCAGUAGGGAAUCCGAACCUGCAGAUCCCCUCCAGAGCACCUCAGUGUGUUUUUGGCUACUCCCCAAGCCCAGGGUACCGAGCCUAUGUGAUAGUUAUCUUGCUGAUUUCUUUUUUCAUCCCUUUCCUGGUGAUGCUCUACUCUUUCAUGGGCAUACUUAACACUGUCCGCCACAAUGCGGUUCGUAUCCAUAGCCACCCCGACAGCAUAUGCCUCAGCCAGGCCAGCAAACUUGGUCUUAUGAGCUUACAGAGACCUUUUCAGAUGAAUAUUGAUAUGAGCUUUAAAACUCGUGCCUUCACAACCAUCCUGAUUUUGUUCCUUGUCUUCAUAGUCUGCUGGGCACCCUUCACCACUUACAGCCUUAUUGCCACAUUCAACAGCCACUUCUACUACAAGCACAACUUUUUUGAGAUAAGCACUUGGCUCCUUUGGCUCUGCUACCUCAAGUCUGCACUGAACCCACUGAUUUACUACUGGAGGAUUAAGAAGUUCCACGAUGCAUGCUUGGACCUGAUGCCCAAAUACUUCAAGUUCCUGCCGCAGCUCCCUGGCCACACGAGGCGGCGCAUCCGGCCCAGCGCCAUCUACGUGUGUGGGGAGCACCGGUCGGUGGUGUGAGGCUGCCCUUGCCGCACAGGGGCUGUUGCUAUUCCGGGGUUGUUUGGGUUUAGUCUUUAGGUUAACUUUGGGUUUAUUUAAUAUGGCUUCUUCCCUGUGGCCGUAUCUUACAACUUGAUUACGUUUUCCAGUACUCUGUGCAAUGCUGGGAGGGAAGAUAGAGGGAGGGCAAGCGGCUGGUUCUAGCUGGGUUUACUGCCAGAAGAUAAUGUAAACAAAACAACAAAUGUUACCUCUAGGAUUCCACGGAAAUCCAUUCUUUUAAAGGAAAACUACACAUAUAACAUUCUGCCAGGUUUAUGCUUACUAGGCCUGCAAUUGCAUCUAAUUGUAGGGACUUUUUAUGCUGCUAAGAUACAGGAUAUUGAGUUGGUGUCAUUUUUCUGGAAAUGUUGCUGCUGUCUGCCAAUAUAUUGGAGCCAAAAAGUCUCAUUAGAUUACUUCUAUUUAAUUUUAACAGUAUUUCAGAGGUUCUCAUGGUGACACUAGAAAACUAUUCCCGCCCCCCCCCUUAAUUUCCAGUAAUAUUUUGUGCACUUUACAAAAUUUGCUAUGAAAUGUGUUUAUGGGAAUAUUUGGUUCUGAAAUGAAGGGGUAUUAUUAUUGUUAUCACUAUUUGUUACGUUGGUGGAUUUCACAGGAUGUGAGGGGUUGGAAGGGACCUCAGGAGAUCAUCAAGUCCAACCCCCCUGCCAGAGCAGGACCAUAGAAUCCAGCACAGGUCACACAGGUAUGCAUCCAGAUGGGUCUUGAAAGUCUCCAGAGAAGGAGAUUCCACAGCCUCUCUGGGCAGCCUGUUCAGUGGAAGCCCCACGUAAGAUCUAGGAGGGUAGUGUAGGUUGGUCUAGCUGCACAUACAGUCAGAGAUCUGCUGGGUUUCUAGCAACUGAUCAAAAGUUAGCAUUGACUACUUGGUUACCAGGGGAGUUGGAAGGCAAAGAUGGAGGGAUGAGAGGGAGAUCAAGCAAGGAAAAGACAUCUCAAAGUUUAGGCUGACACAAGAUUUAGAAAAAUAGGUGAACAUCAUCAUGUGGGAAGGGAUGGCUGUGGCUGACCCUUUCAGCUGUUGCAAGCUGUCCAUACUGAGGAGAUGCCUGAAAACCUGCCUAAAGUUUAACUGUGGGCCUGCAGCAUGUUGCUGUGAGGCUGUUUGUGCUGGGAGCUGAGUGAGGCUGAGUUCUCCAAGCUGCUCAAGCCAUGCUGUCAGCCCUUCUCUGGGGUGGCAUGAGGAGCAGGAUAAAUCGGCAAACAAAUAGCACAUGAGUCAUAGCUGAGGCUGGGACUUGGUCUGCAUAGUAAUGACUGGGGAAAAAAUCCCCACCUUGCUUGUUUUCCAGUGUAAGUAUUAGAGGAAACUGUAAGCUGAUAAUAACAAGUAAGAGGUAGCCAUCAGAGCUUGUCUGAGAUGUAAGCUGAAUCCUCCUUUUCCUCCAAUUCUACUUUACAUUGAUUUUUCAUUGCCCUUUUUCCUCUGUAGUGCCCACAGACUCCAGGGCUUACUCUGCUGUUCUCCUCUGUUAGGUAUCAGCUGCUCUCCUUGAAAUGCCAAACCACCUCUCUGAUUGCCAGGCUGUCUCAAUGUCUGCCUGGAAAGCAGAAAACCCUGUACUGAGUAUAGCAGUCCAGACUCAAGGUAUUUUAUUUCUUUUAUUCAGCUAAAUAUUUAACUGUGAGGUAAGUAAAAUUAAGACUUGGGUUUGGGCUUUGAAAUGAGAUCCCCAGUUACCCUGAGGCUGGGGAGGAGCACCUGCAGAAUUUGUGUGUCCUUGCUCCUUGGGGCUGUCUGUGACCAAGCCAAGGAAAAUUGGCAUACAACAAACUUGACAUCCAGGGCUAAGGUUUGAGCUUCUUUUGCUUCUAUCUCUUUCAUUACCCCAAAGCAUGGGGACCUAUUUUUUGCUGUCCACACUGUACAGAGCUUUUCUUUUGUGAGGGAAGUGCCCUGUUCUGUGUGGAUGUCCAGGGACUGCUUGCUUCCUGAGGCCAGCCAAACAGCCACACUCUGGAUUUUAUUUAGGUCUUCAGUGAAGACCUCUGUUCUUCUCAUCGACAGUUAUCAGUAAAAGUGUUGGCAAUACUUAGGAGUAAUAGAGAAACCACUUUGAAUAGAUUUAAUGUUUUUAAAAGCUGCUAGCUGGCUUUGUGGGUUGCUUGUACAGGCACCCAGGCAGCAGUGAUGCUAUUGAUGUCCUUCUCAACUCCAGUGACUGUGAUCUAGAUUAUUCUGAUCAGAAUGAGAGGCAGUAAAGGAGUUCUGUUGCAGAGCAGAGUGUUUUGGUGUCUUUUCAGAACAGCUUUUAUUUCUCAAUCACAUUUGAAUUGACAGUGGAAGGUUAGGACCUGGUUAGCAUAGAUUUUCUGUUUCAGAGCUGUCAUGCCUGUUGAUCUCUGGGAGCAGCAAAACUGUGCUUAGAGCUAAUGUAGCAGAGUGAAGCAUGCACUGUCUGAGCUGACAGGAACAGGUGUUUUUGCUGUCUUCCAGAGCUAUCAAGUCAGAAGUGUAGAUGAAUGCUGUAAAACACAGUAAUUCAGGAAGGAAAGGAGAUGAGUAAUAGAGAGUGAGUGGAGCUACCUCUGCGGGGGGAGGGAAGUAUUUUGUGGGGAUUUCAUAAUCUCCAGUAAGUGCUGGGUGAAGUAGAGAUUCCAGACAUUAAGGAAAGUUAAUUUGUCUUGAUAACUGACUGUUUGUUUACCCUGACUGUAACAGGGUUUCCACUGCUCCUGCUGAUACUUGGAGAAGAGAAACCCAGAUUCAGAAGUCAUCUACCUAGUGCUACAGCAUUGACAUUGACCAGGUUAUAGAGGUCAUCAGAGCAUGCAGUGAACAAAAAGGUGUUCAGAAGAGAAGCAAGGUAGCACAGAAGUGUCCUGGGGUGGGGGGAUGUGUUUACAGGGCCAUUGUAUCUGACAUACUGUCUUUAGAGCAGUGCCUUGACCAUUACAGCUGAAAGCCCAGGACCACGUUGAAGGCCACUAAACUGCUCAGUCUUUGGGUGAUCCUGCAAAGAUUCAGCAUAACCUUGCUGGCAUUUGGAGUGCUGAAACACACAUGGCGGCAGGAUUCGGGCUACUGAGGCAUUUUAGUGGGCUUGGCCAAGACCAAGGACUCUGAACACCAAUGUUGAUCCUUCUCUGUUCUGAUGGGGAGUUACAAUUUGCUCCUUCUCAAGAAAUGCUACUCAUUACUCAGCUCUCUUCCCUCAUAUCACAUUGUCAGAAAUAUUUGGUAUGGAGGAUCUGAAAGGAAUGUAUUU